GUGGACCCACUCUGCUCUACUACCGCGACGUCAACACGCGAGUCUGGCACCGCGAUCGGACCGUGAGCACCAUGUAGGUGUAUAAAAGCAGAGUGCGGGCGUGGGUGAUGCGGACAGUGGUUCCGCGAUCCAGCAGUCCGAUACCAUGCCGUCUCUCCUCCUGUGUGCUGCUGCGGCAGCGCUGGCGUCCCAGUGCGUCCGCUCAGAGCCUCUGCCCAGGGAAUAUGUCUCGUUUGAAGGCCCGCUCGAGGUCGAGGCGGACGGGAUCCGGAACAUCAACGUGGCGUACCACGGCGACGUGGACGGAGAACUGACCAUUGCGUAUGGCGCGUGCGGGAUCGAGAGUAUGUCGCAGGUCAGCCACCGCGUGGGGAGUACCCAUGUCGGCAGCCAUCCGUUUGCGAAGCGCCAUGCGGACUGGCAGGACAGCAGGCCCACCAAGUUUGUGUGGAGAGCCCCGGCCAACGUUGAGAGGGGGUGUCUUCACGCGUUCGUGGAUGACGUGCUGGUGGGCAGGUCGAAGGAACAUCAGGUGAAGAGGAGGCAGAUGAAGAAGAGGGCCACCUUUGCAGAAGUCUCUGACCCCAUGGGGCCAUGGUUCGACGGUGUGGAGUAUCUGAAGGAGAAGAACGCAAACGAGACGUUCGUUGCGGCUACGAAAGAGAAGAAGUUUGGCAUUCUCGGUGGCGGCAUCUCCGGUCUGCUCACUGCUCUCAUCCUGGAGUCGGUGGGAAUCCACAACUGGAAGAUCCUGGAGUCGUCAGACCGCCUGGGAGGUCGCAUGCUCACCGCGUAUCUGAACAACACGAAGCCUGAGGACUACCAGUACCACGAACUGGGCCCCAUGCGCUUCCCCUACAGCAUCCACGAUGCAGAGACCAACGAGACCUUUGCGAUCGAGGACCAGAAGAUGGUCUUCCAGCUUGCUGAUAUCUUGAACGAGAUGAACAAGGAUGAAGAUCCGGCACUGCAGGUCAAGUUCAUCGAUUGGAUCCAAACAAGCCAGAACGCCCCCGUGGCGACUUCGCAGCGCCGCCCGGAUGGGACGAUCCCAGGCCGCAUGGAGACGAGGCUGGACCCAGCGCUACUCGACAACCCCAACUCGACCUACUCGAACGUGACUGCGGUGUAUGAGGCGAUGGCAGCGCUCGACGACUUCAAAGCCCUGACGCCCGAGCGCGUGCGCUUCUACGCAAAGGACGUCUUCCGCGCGCACAAGCAGGCCGUGGAGCAGGGCAUGCUCGACUUCAGCGAGGUCGAGUACCUGAGGCACGUCAUGGGCUACGACGCCAACAUCACCGACCAGGUCACCACCACCGCCGUCUCCUGGCCCAUGUGGGAGUUCGAGACCGUCUACUUCAUGGCCAACCGCUGGCUCACCAUCGACAAGGGCAUGAGCCGCCUGCCCGAAGCCUUCCGCCCGCUCGUCCAGAACCGCACCAGCUUCAACACCAAGGUCUUCGGCAUCAAGCACCACGCAGACUCCAAUUCAGUGACAGUGUCGUCGCGCCCCACCGGCAGCAGCCCGUGGGCUACGAAUACAACCGCCGAGGAAUUCGACUACGUCUUCAACUCCGUCCCCUUCAACCUGCUCCGCUUCUGGGACCUGCCGCCGCACUCCUCCCUCAUGAAGCGCGCCAUCGAGCGCACCGUCUUCGACGGCGCCGUCAAGGUCGCCAUGCAGUACAAAUCGCGCUUCUGGGAGCACCUCGAGCACCCCAUCAUCGGCGGGUGCGGGCGCGUCGACAUCUACGGCAUCGGCCAGAUCUGCUACCCGAGCUACGGCAUCAACAGCACGGGCCCCGGCACCAUGCUAACGUCGUACAUCUCCUCCUCGGACGCGGUGGUCGCGUGCGCGAUGCCCGCAGACGAGCACAUCGCGUACAUCCAGCGCGCGAUGGUCGAGCUGCACGGCCCCAUCGCGGACGAGAUGUGGACGGGCAACUACGCGCGGCACUGCUGGGAGCAGGACGAGCACCACGCGGGCAGCUGGGCGGUGCCCGUGGUGCCGCAGCAGCAGCUGUACUUGCCCGCGUUCUGGCAGACCGAGUUCAACACGGUGUUCAUCGGCGAGCACACGUCGUACACGCACUCGUGGGUGUUUAGUGCGCUGGAGAGCGCGGUCAGGGGGAGCGUCCAGAUGCUGUUGGAUAUCGGGCUGGUGGAUGAGGCGAAGGAGGUUAAUCGGAGGUGGAUGGCGAGGUGGAUUAACCUGUAGGUGGACUACGUGGAUUACCUCUAGUGGGUAUCCCCAGCGUAUUGUGGGUGUCUGCUGAGGAGCGUCACUGUCCUUCCACAUCUCUACCAUCAAU